AUGGCAACCAACAAAGGCGUUUCAACUGAACUGUCCGAUCUCAAAGAUGGCAAGGCCCCAGUCACCUCGCAGGCAGUCGGGGCGACUUUCGUCCUGAGUGCCCACGAGCAACAUGUUCGGGACGAAUAUGCCAAAUUUUCUCCCGAGGAGGCUCGAGCUAUAGAGAAGAAGCUCAAGCUGAAGCUUGACCUGAGAUUGUUCCCUACGCUGAUGAUAAUGUACAUUUUGAACUAUAUCGAUCGAAAUGCCUUGCCAAUUGCGAAACUUGCUGGAAUUCAGCAGGAGCUUGGGCUGUCUUCAACGAAAUACAGCACAUGUUUGUCCAUUCUCUUCGUCGGAUACCUUCUCACGCAGGUCCCUAGCAAUCUCUUUCUGUCGCAAGUUCCUCCUUCUAUUUAUCUGCCUAGCGCCAUGGCAGUAUGGGGUGUCGUGUCCGGUUGCACGGCGUUGGCCCAUAGCUAUGGCGGUCUCGUUGAUGUCAGAUUCAUUCUCGGAUUUUGCGAGGCUCCUUUCUUCCCUGGCGCAGUAUAUCUGUGCUCGUCUUGGUACAAGAGCAAUGAGCUGAGCUUGCGCGUGGCAUUGCUGUUUGGAGGAAGCAUGCUCUCCGGGUCUUUCGGAAGCUUGAUGGCAAUUGGCAUCACGGAACGUAUGGAUAACGUUGCCAAUAUAUCUGCUUGGAGAUGGCUUUUUAUCAUCGAAGGCGCCCUCACUGUCGCCGUCGCUGGAAUCUGCUACUUCACACUUCCAAAUUAUCCGCACAAUACACGGUGGCUUUCAGAAAAGGAGUCGAUUGUAGCUCAGCACAGACUUCUGGAAGGUCCGGGCAACAGUUCUGAUAAGACUUCGAUGGGAACUGGGUUUAAGUUGAUGAUGAAAGAUCCCAAAGUUGGAAUUUUAACACUGAACCAUCUUCUAAUUACCAUCUGUGCCUCCUUUACGAACUUCUUCCCAACUAUCAUGGCCACUCUUGGGUUUCAGAGGAAGAUUACGUAUGCCCUUCUUUCGGUCCCAUACCUGACUGGUUUCUGCAUUGUUCUACUUACCUGCUGGUAUGCAGACCGCAUUAAGAAGCGCACAUGGCCAAUUGUUAUAAAUCUGGCUGUCUGCAUUGUCGGUCUGGCCAUCAUGGGUGGCACCUUGGCAGUCCCCGUGCGCAUCAUUGCAAGCAUUCUAAUGAUCUCGGGUAUCACGAGCGCAUCGAACAUGAACCUUGCGUGGAUCGGGAGCUCCAUCCCAGCGCCGGCACCAAAGAGGGCAGCUUCUAUUGCUUGUGUCAACAUGGGAGGUGCUGCUAUCCUUGCCAUUGGCGGCGUUGUCUUUUUCUGGUGGUAUCUGAAGAAGCAGAAUGAGAAGCUGGCUUCAGGGGAGGAAGAUGCCCAUAAGGCUGUUGGCAUUUCUGACAGAGAUUUCAGAUACGUCAUUUAA